CAUUUUAUCAACAGCUGUAGCCUACUAGCCUGUAGUUGUUGCGGAGUGUGGACGACAAAAAUAAUAACAUUGUUGUGAACGUUGUGAUUUAAGGCAUAGAUGAAGACUUUUAAAGGCAUUAUAUUUUAAUAAUAUAAUAUUAUAUAAGCUAUUAAAUCUUAUUACAAACGCGUAUAUUUAAAAUGAAUUCAGAUAAUUCACCCAAUAAUGAUCAAGACAAUGCAUCAACACCGAGUAGAUCUAUUCCUAGUGCUCGUCAAGAAAUGUUAAAUAAUAUAACAGCCGCGUCACCUCCAAGAUUCUUAUCAUUACCUGAAAUUAUGGUAGCUGCUAAACAAUUAGAAGAUAUUGCUCUUGUUCACGAAAUAGCAGUUAAUGAAAAUUUUAAAUUGGAACCUCAAGAACCUCCAAAUAAUAGUUUAAUGAAACAAGUCAAAGAUACAAUGCAUAAAGCAUUUUGGGAGCUGUUGCGUGAGCAAUUAAACAAUGAUCCUCCUGAAUACACACAAGCUAUGAUACUUUUAUCAGAAAUUCGAACAAGCUUAUCAAAUUUGUUGUUGGACCAGCAUACUAAAUUAAAAGAAGAAAUUGGUCAAGUUUUGGAUGUAGAGGUUAUACAAAAUCAGAUAGACAAUAACUCUUUGGAUUUUGAAUAUUAUACCAAAUUUAUAUUGAAUUUGAUGUCAAAAAUAUGUGCUCCGGUAAGAGAUGAUUCAAUACGUGCACUAACACUAUUAAAUGAUCCUGUAGAUAUAUUUAAAGGAAUAAUAGAGACUUUGAGCUUGAUGAAACUUGACAUGGCGAAUUUCACAAUAACUGCACAACGGCGAGCAUUACAUGCCUGUAGUGCUGAUUAUGAACGAGAAAAAUUUGAAGAGUAUUUAAAAGUUAAGCCUGAUGCUUUAAAUCUUACUGCUGAAUGGUUAAAACGCCAUAUUAAUUUUGAAAACCGUACAGAACCUCAUCACGAUAUAAUUGUACGAGCUUAUAUGGAAAUAUUUGAUUGGAACGAAAAUGAUAUAUUCCCAGAGGCUUUAUCAUUGGAUAAAGAUCGAUAUUUGGCAACUAAUAAAGAGCUAAAUCUUUUGAUUCUCGCAGCAUCUACAUUUAUUCUGACAAUAUCAACAACUACAACUCUUAUUCCUAAUGACACGGUAUUCAAAAAACAAUUAAAAGAUCUUAUUUUAUACAUCCUAAAGGAUAAUGAUUCCAACAAUAAAAAUCUCUUGUCAAAUAUUGUAGAACAUAUUGUUCUUUUCUGUAAUAAGCAUUUGUGUCUAAUUAAUCCUGACGGACCACCUGUCUUACCAGAAAUGGUCACUACAAUUGAGACUCAAAUUUUAUUAGUCCAAAACUGUGACAAUAAAAUAAGAAUUCUAGUUGAUAAGCGUUUCAAGGAGUUUAUUACUGCAGUCAUCAGUUCCGACAACGCAGUGCCCCAACAAUGCCCACUUGGUUUGUCUGCGUUCAAAGAUGAAUUGGCAGCUGUUACUGGCAGUUUUUUGCGUCUUAUCACAUAUAAUAGAAAAGUAUUUUCCAAAUUUUAUGAUGAUAUAUUGAAAAAUCUUCUGGAUCAAUCUGAUUUGAUUUAACUGUCUCAAAUCAAGUAUACUAAAAAUUAAUAUUAGCUUUUAUUUAUUUAAUCUUUAAACUAAUACUUUUUUUAAUAAUUGAUUUAUU